AGAGAACAAAGUUCAGGGUCGGCGCGCGUGCCGUCGGUGGGCAAAUUUCGCGAGUAUCCGCGGAUAAAGGCUCUUUCGACCAGCGGGAGGUGGGCAUGUCCGUCGGAGGAGGAAACCACGUGAGGAGCUAGGGCACGCCAUGGGACACUGAAAUAAGACGGCAGUUUAGCAAACAGCGGAAGACGGUCGGUGCGUUCCCGCUUCAUCAGCCUGUGACCGCUACCCGAUUCCUUCGUGUGCCGACCUGCACGCAGCAAGCAUGUCCACGGCCACGGACAAUGGCUCUGCUGCCGGCAGCAGCUCGAGCAAGGCUACAGGAGGCUUGUACCGACUCGGUGGCUCCGAGGGCUCGUCGGCAGCGGCGUCGGGUGGCAGUGCGAACGCCCCGACACCAUUCUCGCGGAUGAGCGUGUCCGUGGCGGUGAUCGUGUGCAUGGCUGGCCUCAUCAUCCUCUGGCUCCUGGUCAUGGGUGGCUCCAAGAAGCCUACCGACGCGCCGCCGAUGCCCUCGCCACCUCCGGCUCUUGUGCGCAAGCCUUUUAUGCCGCACAUGCCUGACAGGAAAGAACCGGCAUUCCCUACGCCUCCUGCUAGGCCGCCUCGGCCAGUGAUGCCGCCAGCCGAGAAGCCCAUUCCGCCUUCCCUGGUGCGGCCCCCGAAUCCGGCGGCACGCUUGCCUAUCAGCCCCAGGACGAGCGACGAGCACACGGUCCCAGCCGUUCUUCCCGGAAGCCCGGCUGCUGCCACGCAGGGUCCUGACUCGUUCGCCGAGCGCGCCUAUUCGCCCGACGAUGACUACCUGCCUCCUCCGCGUUCCGACUUUCCCGAGAAACUGCCGCUCUACGUAGUUCCCCUUCACUACGACAUUAUGAUCAAGAUUGUGAUGGAUGCGAACCGAGACCAAAGCUUCAUGUUCGGCGACACCUACUAUCUGGGCAAGACGAUCGUGCUGCUGCGAUGCGUCAAGCCUACGCAGACGGUGUACCUGCAUGCGACCGGCUUCACCAUCAAGGAGCAGCAGACGACGCUCGUCCGGGAGGCUGACAAGACGUUCGUCGGCAUCGGCAAGAUGGCCAUCAACGAUGACCUCGAGAUGCUUAAGAUCGAGACGGACUCGCCACUGGAGCUCAACGAAUCGUACACACUGUCCAUUGAGUUUGCCGGCGCCAUCCGGAACGUACCACGUGGCAUCUACAAGUCUUACUUCGUCAGCGACAACGAACGCAUCGCGGUUGUGUCGACGCAGUUUUUGCCAACUUACGCUCGCUGGGUGUUCCCGUGCUUCGACGAACCCUCCCUGAGGACCACCUUCGACCUGGUGGUGGUGCGGCCCAGCCACUACCGCAGCUUCUCAAACAUGCCGCUCUCGAAGAGCGAGGAGAGGUCCCGAGAUUUCGUGGCCGACUACUUCGAUAGGACGCCCCCAAUGGCAACUCACAGCCUGGGUUUUGUUAUCGGGCCAUACGUAACAGCCGGAAAUGGCAUGAUCAAAGUACACGGCACGACUCAGCAGGUGCGCAACUCGGACUAUGCGCUCCAGGUUGCGCCCAAGAUCCUCCAGUACUGUCAGGACACCUUCGGUCUCAACUAUCCCAUCCCUAAGCUCGACUUGGUGUCCACCCCUAUUCUGCCUGCGCCGGCCAUGGACCAGUGGGGUCUGGUCACUUUCCAGGACAUCUUUCUCACGUUCCGCAGCGACGACACGCCUUUCCAGAUGAAGGUCGAUUCGCUCCGGGUUAUCGCCAACAAGAUCGCGCAGCAGUGGAUGGGCAACCUGGUCAACAUGGCCUGGUGGGACGACAUGUGGCUCAAGGAGGGCAUCUCUCGCUACAUCACUUACACUGCGGCUAACAGGGCUGACCCUCAGACUGAAGUGAGUUUCACAAUACUGGAGUCCGAUUCUCACCUCGCCAUGGAGGCGGAUGGCUUCAACUCGUCUGCGGCAGUGUCCAGGCCCUUGAACUCGCCUUCGGACAUUCGAAAGCACAUCAACAUGGUCACCUUAUCUAAGGGCGCAGCUCUGGUCCGCAUGAUGGCGCAUAUGGUACCGAGCAACUUGUUUCGGCUGGCUUUGACGGAACUGUUCAAGAAAUACAGCUACCAGUCCAUUCAUCCUCAGCAUUUAUACAAAGAAAUACACACUGCUCAAAAGGCCAUGUACGACCGGGUGACGGUGAACUUGACCACCGUGAUGCGUGAGUGGACGUACAUGCCAGGCUUCCGGUGGUGUUCGUGAACCGCUCCUACGAGACGAACACCUUCUCAGCUCUCCCAGAGGCGCUUCAUUUUCGGCACCGGACCCGUCGACAACACCGUAUGGCACAUUCCAAUUUCGAUCGUCACGGAGGACAAGCCUGACUUCACAGCGACUGCCCCCAAGCACUGGUUUAAUACCAGGACAU